AUGUUAAUAUCGCUCACAUAUGUUCAUAUCUAUCUAUCUAUCUAUCUAUCUAUCUAUCUAUCUAUCUAUCUAUCUAAUUCAUUUCAUUAUCUAUCUAGUUAUGUUAAUAUCGCUCACAGUCUGUUAAUAUCUAUCUAUCUAUCUAUCUAUCUAUCUAUCUAUCUAUCUAUCUAUUACUCAUUGCCCAACUCGACGCGAUUUUCAAAUGACAUUCACGCCUUGUGUUUCUUCGUCCCUCUCGAACAUUAUUUUUUUCUUCUUUUUCUUCUUCUUCUUCUUCUUCUUCUUCUUCUUCUUGUCUUUUCUCUUCUUUCUAAUAACCUCACACUCUCUUUCGCUCUCUUUUUUCCGCCCCCGGCCUUCGACUUCUUAUUUCUUCUUUCUCUUCUUCUCAUCUCCGAUACAUCACUACAUAUAAAAGUAACAGUAUGCCAAAUAAUCUAUCUAUCUAUCAAUAUAUCUAUCUAUCUAUCUAUCUAUCUAUCUAUCUAUCUAAGUCUGUUCUUUAUCUAUCUAUCUAUCUAUCUAUCUAUCUAUCUAUCUAUCUAUCUAUCUAUCUCAAUCUGUUCCUAUCCAUUUAUCUAUCUCAGUCUGUUCAUAUCAAUCUAUAUAUCUACCUAA